GACGCACGGGUCCCGUUUCUCUCUGUUCGGCGGCUGGCGGGACCAUAAGGGCUUAACUCAUAUAUUUAAUCCCCCUCCGAAAAGAUUUGAAACUAUUCUUGAAGGGCUGUUUAGACCUACAUUAUUAAAAGAUCUCAGCUUAUUUAAAGAGUUUGAGCCUGAAAGCAUUUCUGAUUGGACUUUUGAUGAAAAUUGUCUGUUCUGUUGCUUGAGAAGAGAUAAAGUAAAGGGACACUUAGUCCGCCUGGAUGAACCAGCUUCGGGAGCUGGGCAAGAAGCUCUGCUUAAACAAGAGCAAGCAAAAAUCAUCCGAUUCGAGAAACAAGCAGAGGAGUUCCUCAAUGCAGUCUUUUAUAGAAAAGACAGUUCUUGGGUCUCCGACCCCAAUUUUCCCCUAGUGGCCCAUGAGAUCAUGCAGCGAAUGAUCCAACAAUUUGCUGCUGAAUAUACCUCAAAAAAUAGCUCUACUCAGGACCCCAGCCAGCCCAAUAGCACAAAGAACCAAAGCCUGCCGAAACCAUCUCCAGUCACCACCUCUCCAACGGCUGCAACUACUCCGAACCCUGUGCUCAGCAAACUUCUCAUGGCUGACCAAGACUCACCUCUGGACCUUACUGUCAGAAAGUUUCAGUCAGAACCUAGUGAACAAGACGGUGUACUUGAUCUUUCCACUAAGAAAAGUCCAUGUGCUGGCAACACUUCCCUGAGCCAUUCUCCAGGCUGCUCUAGUACUCAAGGGAAUGGUGAGAACUCAACAGAAACACUAGCAGUAGAUUCUAACGAUCAGUGGAAGUCCCCCCUGGAGAAGUUUAUGGUCAUACUCUGCACUCAUCAUCAAAAGCAAUUCAUUCAUGUUCUGAGCGACCUGUACACUGAAUCUCAGCCAGACACUGAGGACCUGCAAUCUUUAGAUUCUGGAGCAAUGGAUGCGUCAUCUUGCAAUGCUGGCUGUGCCCAGCUAAGCAGCAGAUACAAGGAAACUGAUGCUAUGUGCCUCAAUAGGAAGUCUCCUACUUCUGUAGAUUUGUUCACAGACUCACUGGGCUCUCACAGCCCUCUGCGUGUGACAGAACAAACCCUGAAGGAGACUCCUUCUGAGACAACUGUAGAUAGAAGAGAGAAUGCCUUGACGGUUGUCCAGAACGAUUCCUCUGAACUUCCAGCCACUCAACUUUAUUCUGGUAGUUCAACAGAUAGUUCUACUCUGGGUUACCUCACUGCAUCUAAUUCUUCCUCACUGAACUCCCACCAUGUCUUUAAAAGCUUGGAGGAGCAAACCACUGGACAAGAGCAAGACCCAAGUGUGAAAACAUGUGAGGAUGGUAAAGAUCAUAUGCAGAGUUCAGCUUUAGUAGAAAAUCUGAUUACAGUCAAAGUGGCAGCUGAGAAUAGUGAGGAGAGCAAUAGCACUAUUGUUUCUCAAAGAAAUUCACUCAAAUCUUUAUCAAAAGAGACAUGGGACUCAGGGUUUGUAGGAAACUCACCUAAAACUUCUGACAAAGAGAAUGAUUUAGAGUGUAGCUCAAAAACAUCAUUGCACCAGGAUUUAGAGGCAGGUGAACAAGAUGCAAGGUCAAAGCAAGAGAACCAUCUUCACUCACUAGGAAGAAAUAAGAUGGGUUACCAUUCAUAUCCCAGUGACAAGGGCCAAUUUGAUCAUUCCAAGGAUAGUUGGUUAGCCCUUAGCUCCAUGUCAUCUGUACAUAAAACAUCUAAUGGACACUCACAAACCAAGAUGAUACCAGCUUCCAUCAAGACAGCACGAAAAAGUAAAAAAGCAUCAGGGUUGAGGAUAAAUGAUUAUGAUAACCAGUGUGAUGUUGUUUAUAUCAGUUAACCAGUGUGAUGUUGUAUAACAGAAUGCUACUUUGAGAAUCAGAGAUCUGUGUUAUCUUCUCGGAAAACAGCCAGAAAGAGUACUCGAGGAUACUUUUUCAAUGGUGAUUGUUGUGAGCUGCCAACUGUUCGCACACUGGCCAGAAAUAUACACACCCAGGAUAAAGCAAGAUGCUCAUUACUAGCAUCAGAGGUUAAUAAUGUAACUCCCAAGCAGACCUUUACAACUUCAGCCCCUAGGCAUGUAGGUGAUAUGCAGCUUCCCAGAGAAGAUAACGUUGAAGAACCUUCUAAGGAAAUAAUUUCUUUCAAGGAGGGAAGUGAAGACACUUCUUCUGCAAAAGAGUCUCAAGAGCCUGAGGUUUGCCACACAGCAGAGGAACCAAAUCCCAGCAGCUCUCCUAGGUUGGUGGAGACAACAAACCCUAGCUUGGUGUGUCCUUUGUCUGCUUGGCUUCCUGAAGAGGAUGUGCCAGAAGGCAGAACCAUUUCAGCUCCCAUAGAAAAUGUGGUAUCUCCUCCUGAACAAGACCGACAACCAGUUGCCUUGCUAGAUGUGGAGGAGAUACGUGUACCCCAGGACUGCCACUUGAUUUCCCCAACUGAAAGCAUUUCUGGGGGAGGCAGUAAAGAAGUCCAUUAUAGGCCUCAGUCUCUCCUGGAAACAGUCAGUAGAGAAGAAAAUCCUCUGUGCCCAGAAAAUCGAAGUUCUUCUGUGGGCUGGGAGCCCUCUCUGAAUCUGGGACCAGUUCAGCACAAGCAGAGCUUCAGUACUGAAGCUGGGACUGAAGCUAUUCAAGAACUACAUACUGAGCCAUACUUGGAGGCAAUCAGCACUUUUCAGAAUGAAACCCCUGAUGCGGUGGCAAGAGGUGAGGCAAUGAGUGGUAGAGUAUAUCCAGAGGGAGAAGAAAGUGCUGUAAAAUCUUCAGAAAAAAAUACCUGUGAUCCAAACAUUGAUUCACCUGAAGAAAAUCUGGACAAGAAGAAAAAAGGUAAAAAGUUCCCCGAGGCCUCUGAUAGGUGCUUAAGAAGUCAGCCUUCAGAUUUGUCCUCUGUUGGUAGGUACCUAAGAAAUCAAAGUUCAGAUUCUUCAUCUACUUGUCCUGAGAUCAGAGUUUCUAAUAGUUCUAGAGCAAAGUAUUCUAAAAAAGAAGACAACCCUGCUGGGACAACACCUGAGGGCUUUCUAAAUGACAAUUUCCAUACAGAAGUUCUAGAAGAAACUGAAAACCCAAAUGUCAGUGAAUGCCCCUCUGAAAAAGAUGUUGAGCAGGAGAGUAGAGGAAGUAGCAUUAUUGCAAGGCAAACUUUUAAAAACAUGCUGACAAAAGAAGUCAAGAGUGAACAAAGGGAGAUCUCUCCAACCAGAGAUCCCAUAACCACGAUUGGCCAGUCACUGCCUGGAGAAAGACUAGAAAUCUAUGUCCAGUCUAAGAUGAGUGAGAAAGAUACUCAUGUGUUCUCAGAAAGUAUUCUGUGUAAGAAGGACCCAGAGCAGUCAAAUGAGAAGCCAGGACAUAUUCCCACACAGAAUGUGGAGGCAGUUGUAAAUGAUAUAGACUAUGAGGCCACCCAGCAUAAAGAUGAUGCUAACCAGGCCCCAUCCAGCUCAGUUGAGAUGUCAAGUAGUCAAAGUGGUGAUGCUGCUAGUCCACCAAAAUUAGUAGUGAGACCUAAACAAUUGACCUCUUCAAACUACAACUUGAGACAUACUAACUCUCGGGACUCUUUGGAUACUACAAAAGUGACUUCAGAAAAGGAAGCCACAUUGGUAAACCCAAUGCCAAAGGAAAAUGAAGCUCCUGAGAGUGCAGAUCCCAUAGAUGAGGAUGUGGAUGCAGUGGUAGAUGAACAGCCAAAGUUUGUGGAGUGGUGUGCAGAAGAGGAGAACCAGGAGCUGAUCGCUAACUUUAAUGCCCAGUACAUGAAAGUUCAGAAGGGCUGGAUCCAAUUGGAUAAAGAAGCACAGCCAACACCAAGAGCAAGGAACAGGUCCGAUAAACUGAAGGAGAUUUGGAAAAGCAAGAAAAGGUCACGGAAAUGUAAGGGUUCAUUAGAAGCUCAGAACUUUUCUCCUGUUCAGAUGUUAUUUAUGACAGACUUUAAAUUAUCUAAUGUUUGUAAAUGGUUCUUAGAGACAACUGAAACCCGGUCUCUGGUCAUUGUGAAGAAGCUUAAUACUCAUCUUCCAGGGGACAUUCCCCCUGUCAAGCAUCCUCUACAGAAAUACUCUCCUUCCAGCCUGUAUCCGAGUUCAUUGCAGGCUGAACGCUUGAAAAAACACUUAAAGAAAUUUCCUGAAGCUACUUCUGCUAAGAAUAAUUGGAAAAUGCAAAAACUCUGUGCUAAAUUUCGAGAAAAUCUUGACCAACCAGAGCCAGAGGAUAGCAGUGAUGUCAGCCUCAGCCCUAAUUCUGAAGACAACAUAGAGGAAGUCAUAGAAGAUAGAAAUAGCCACCCUCCCACAAACCUGCCCACUCCAGCCUGUACACGAAUCCUCAGGAAAUAUUCUAAUAUUCAAGGAAAGCUCAGAGCCCAACAGCGAUUGAUCAAGAAUGAGAAAGUGGACAGCCCUGUGAGUGUGGCAGUGGAAAGUAAGCAGAAUCGUAAAAGUGUGUGCAUCAACCCUCUGAUGUCCCCCAAGCUCGCCCUCCAGGUGGGUGCAGAUGGGUUUCCCAUUAAGCCCAAAAGUACUGAAGGAAUGAAGGGAAGGAAAGGAAAGCAGAUGUCUGAAAUCUUCAAAGCCAAAGUUCAGAGUAAACGCAAAAGAACAGAAGGCAACAGCACUCAGGAUAGUAAGGAUAAGGCCCUGAGAGUGAAAGCUGGCAAAGAAAAGCAUGCUGAAGGACCCACCAAAACCUCUUCCACCAAGAAGCCAUCUGUAAGAGACAAAGUCAGCCAACUGCCGAAAAAAAUGUCUUUGAAAGAGAAUAAAGUGAAGAUCCCUAAAAAGUCCUCUGGGAAGAGCUGCCUGCCCUCCAGGAAAGAAAAAGAAAAUACCAACAAACGAACUGCCCAACCUGCCACCUCAGAAGCACUGAUGAAACCUGCAAAGCAAAAGGGGUCAGGUGAAUCCUCUUCCAGGCCCCAGAAAGCCACCAACAGGAAACCAAGCAGUGGGAACACUCGGACCAGACCCUUGACAAAAGGCCCAGAGAACAGUGUGGCCCAGAGGAAGCGAAAGCUCAAGGCAAAGCUGGACUCUUCCCACAGCAAACGGAGACGUUUGGAUGCAAAGUGAUGGAAGGAUGGCAGCCAAGAAUGAAACCGUUCUAUAGAAGUAACCUUUUAUUUUGCAUUAUCUAAAUUGCUUUUGUAAGCUUAUCAAGCCUUUCAAAUUACAAUUAAUAGAAAACACCACAAUUUGAAAUGUCAGAAAAUGCAUCUCAGGUAGAAAAGGGAACUUGUAGAGUCCUUCUCUGAGGUUGAGUAAGGGAAGUUAUAUAUUAUAUUCUGGUUGUUCCUUGGGUUUUAAACUUGGAACCAAGCAGUUUUUGUUUUAAAAAGUACAGUGCCUUAUUUAUCCUUUUUGUUUUAAAAUUUACAAAAGCUAAAAAACUGACCUAUGUGUUUAAAGGCUUGUAUUUUAUACUUGUUGCACAAGCACUUGUACUGUAGCCAAGAAGACCACCGUCAUGCACAUGAAAGGAGCUUUCAGCAGCCACCCUGCAGCGUCUGCUCCUGAGCAGACCUUUUCUGCAAACCACAGCAGCAGCUUCCCUCUCUGUCGUGUUUGGUUUUUUGUUAUGUGAUAUUUGAAAGCUAAACCAAAUCAUUUUUAUGAUGUGUGAAGAA